AGGCGGCACGGGUGGUACUGAGGGGGCAUGUGAGGAGAGGCGGCACGGGUGGUACUGAGGGGCCAUGUGAGGAGAGGUGUCACGGAAUGGUGGUUUAUUGUGUUGUGUGUGAGGACUGGAGGUGUGCCACAUACAGGAUCCUGACAGGAAUUGAAUCUGACAGGACUCGCGCUCACUGUGACGCAGGUGAUCACCACACUGCGUGUUAUCGCGAGAACGGCUGCCGAAGUCUCACAGCCGAAGCGAAGAUGGCCGCCGUGACGCAGGAGAAAAAGAAAGAAGACUAUAGAGGAAUAUGCGGGAUGUGAAGACACCGGAAAGUAUAAAGAAUCACAGCAGGUGGAACCAAAGAAUUUGAUGCUCUCUAAGAUAGAUUUGCCAGACCACAUAAAGAGGAGGGGGUAUUGUACAGGUCACAGAAGACGUUUUCAAGACAUCAGGAACCUGCUGGACAUCACACCUUUUUAAUAUGGCCUCUCUUCUACAAGAAACAUUGUUUGAAAUCCAGUGUCAAGCCCCUGCACCAAACAAAGAUUUUCAUCAUCUUGUCAUUACAAAAAAUGAGGUUACCUUAAGAUCUUGGAAAAUUUCUGUCCGGGCCGAACACAGAAAAGUCCUACCAAAAGAACUAAAGAAAACGCACAAUGAAUUUUUACAAGAAACAAUGAUGCACAGGCCAUUAGAAAAGAUCUUUGGCAAGGACACAAUGAAAUAUAUAUUAAAUUUGUGCAGAGGACAAUUUGAUUUCAUUGUUCGGAUACCUGAUAGCCUCAAGAUACAUAUCUUAUCAUUUCUUGAUGCACAAGACAUUAAGCAGCUGUCAGAAACAUGCAAAGCUUUCCAGAAGCUGUGCAGCACUGAAGAAUUUUGGGAAAAAAUGAAGCCAAGAACAGAAAUACGUGUUAAUGAUGUUAAAAGAAAAAGCAGUUCAGUUUCUGUAAAGACAAGGACACAAGGUCCAGUGUGGAUGCGGAGAAGAAGAAACACAUUAUUUUAGUAAAAUAUGUAGUAAUAUAAACCAGAACAUGGCUGUUUUGACUAAAGUUUACCUAUACUCUGCAAUGGACCCUGAUAAAUAGAUAGUGAUCUCUCAACUUACAAUAGUUUCAACAUACAAUGGUCUUUUCUGGACCAUUGUAACUAAACUCAACAUACAAUGUACAGACAGUCCAGAUCUGUGAAACAUGUCAAUGGCUGGAAAAACUUACCAGAUCAGAAUGGGCAUUGUACUGAUAACUGAAGUGCAUGCACUGACUGGAUGUCUAGUAGUGCCCCUACAGUAAAGGGAGGUACUACAUAUUCGGUACUACUCUUUACCUGUGCCUGGGUUAGCUGCUCCUUUGGACACCAGGUAAGGGCGGCUCCAUUACCUUUUUAGGACAUUGCGUGUACCGUACAGGAGCCUGAAGAAGCUCCUGUCCUUUACAUAAAUAGUGAUUUACUAUUAUAUGUAAGGAUUUGCUUUAUCUAUAUUAGUUAUACUUAUUUAUCUUUAAUCCUCACUUUUUCCUAUUUUUGGAUGACAUUUUGGUGGCUUCAGAACCAAAUACCAGGUCUCCAUAGAGUUAUGGUCUCAACAUACAAUGGUUUUAACAUACAAUGGUCGUCCUGGAACCAAUUAAUAUUGUAACUUGAGGGACCACUGUACAUUCUUAGGGGGUCAUGUAUUAAGUGGGAACUUCACUGCCCCAGCGUUCAAAACAUUUUGUUCCGAACACUGGGUGCGGGCUGUGGGGGUCUUGACGUCAUGGCCGUGCCCCGAAAUUAGCAAGCAUUUUACAACUUAAUACAAAAUAACAUUUAUGGUCUAUUCACACGCAUAGUAUUCUGUGCAGAUUUGAUCCGCAGUUUUGAUGAACAGGAUUUUCUGCUGCAGAUUUCAAUGUAAACUGAACACAGCUUGAAAUCCUGCGCAUCAAAUCUGCGCAGAACUCUGUACGUGUGAACGUACCCUAAAGGGGUAUUGCAGGAAAAAAAACUUUUUUUUUUAUAUCAACUGGCUCCAGAAAGUUAAACAGAUUUGUAAAUUACUUCUAUUAAAAAAUCUUAAUCCUUCUAGUAGUUAUC